AUGGAACAGCUCCGGAAAAGAUCGGAAGUUAGGCGAGAAAGCCCAAGCCAUCUUCAACAUGUCCCGAUGAGAAGCGGGUGUGUAUACGAUCUCCUAAAGCGAAGUUUACGUCUUGCUCAGGAGAUAUUUUUCCACGGCGUCCAUAAAUACCUUCCUUUCUAUGCCGAUAAACUGGAGUGUCCGCAAGAAGUACAGUUCGGGCGCGUUGAGAUCGACAAGUUCUUUAACUAUUGGUGCGGUUUUAAUACACUGGAUAUACUAGGGACAUCGCAUGAUUUAACACGCCUCAAGUACCAGAUCGAGGGGGUUACUGUACUGCGCAAUACCGUGUGCCAUUAUAGCUACAGCGAAGCUUCUAUGGACCUCGAGAGCCAUGACAGGCUCAUAAAAGCCGUACAACGCCUGGCUAUUUUCUUCGUAGACGAACGAAGAGCCAUUCAAGCGCGGGUACUACGAGAUAAGCUCAUCGCGCACGCAGAUCAGGGUCUAGUUCAGCUUGAAGACAUGCUGCUUCUUGCUGAGCUACCGGGAGCUCGGCCUUGGCAACCGCAUCACGUACGCAAAUUCCGACGUAUUGUUGCAAACAUUGACUUUGAGAAUGACUACAAAAGCGUACCCUUUGUAGUUCUGCGUGCGGCACAGGACUGGAAUUUACGGCGUCCAACUCCCAUACGGCAAUGGCCACCCGAGAAGAUUGCUGAUCAACUUAUCUGA